CGCUGUGAGGCUGGGGCGUGUCGUUGCAUAAUUGCAUAUCCAAUUCCCUGUUUAGGCUUCGUGCCAUUAUGAAAUUCAGUUCAUUGGAAAGCACCGCAGAAGCACUUCAAUUAAAACCUCAUUCAUUUUAUCAGCACUUAUGGAUCACAGAAGCAGUGCCCGACUAUCAGCCUAUCCCACAAAGGUUCAGGAAUCAGUUUUGGAAGCUGUAGAGCGACAGCAGGAACUCUAUGAGCUAUCAAGUGACUGGCAUUAUUAUAAGGACACCGAAUAUGGAUACUUAAAAAAUAACAUCAGCUAUGCCCUCUUUGGAGUAUCCUUGGAGGACUGUGAUGAAAAUGAUGAAGUGGGUAGCAGUGAGGAAGAACAAGAACUGCUCCGGCAAAGACAACAACAAAAAAAAAUUACUGAUAUGUUGUUUGGUAAAAUACUUGAAGCGAAUGGAAAAAGGAAGUCUCUGUACGUUGGUGUAGUAUUCAACAUUACAUGUAACUUCAAAAAGAAAGAAGACAAAUUUGUGUCGCUAAUGCCAGUUUUCAAAGUAAAACUAUGUUCUGAAAGUAAUGAAAGUUUGCAAAAGAGGUCCAACCAUUCAAAUCUUGAUAGAAUUGGUACAACAGCUCUAUAUACAUUCUGUGUUAGAUAUAUUGAUUCGGAAGGGAGAAUAUAUCAUAACUGGACUGACUAUGUGGUCAACAAUACAUUGCCUGAGUGUAUGAUGGUUAUUCCAAUGGGUGGAUUCUACCAAAUGGAUCCUGCUGCAGAUAAUACUAAUGAAAAGACUUAUGUUUGGUUAGAAAUUGGCCCAUCACCAGAGACCAAAAGAUUCUCUCCAUAUCUUGAUGUGGGAAGCACAGUCCUAGGUUUUGGGGCAGUAGGAGUUGGCUUAGCAGCUUUGUUAGCACCUGUUGCUGCUCCUAUUGCAAUCACUGGAAUUGUUUGUGGUGCUGUAAGUGGAACAUGGACAACAGCCAGAUCAACUCAGCAGUUGCUUGACCGUCGUGCACAUCAGCAGUCUAUCUCUCCAGCAGAUAGAACAGCGAGAGCUGCUUGGUUUGGAGUAGUAGGUGGUGUGGCCGGGGGGGCUGCAAGCGGAUCCACUUUUUUACUGAAUAAAGCAGUCCAGGCUGGUGCGACAUUGGGCACAGUGACCCAGGCAACUUACAACACUAUUGCUGCAGGAAAUAUUGUGAUAAAUGGUCUCGGAAUAGGAAAUGGGAUAUACGGUAUAUUUACGAAUUAUAAGGAAUCGGAUAAAAUUUCAUACCUCGAAAUUGGCCAAGUAAUGGCGCAUAUGUUAUUUUUUGGAAAUGCAGUUAUGAAUUUUCAAACUGCUCAAACUAUGAUAAAAAACACUCAGCAACAAGUACUACAAGAGUACGAGACGUCUUUGAGAAGUAAUAGACAUCGAAAAGCCUUUAAUCGUAUUGCGCGCAACACCCGAACUUCUAAUAUAGAUCGAACGACAGCAGAUGCUGAGAUUAUUCGUGGGAUAAAGUCUAUACAAAAUAAAGAUGAUUUCUUUGCUGGAGUUGUCAGAAAUAGGAAGACUUUUAAUUCAGCUGGAGCAGAGGUUACUUUUAAAGAUGGAUAUGCGAUGAUAAACGAUAAUUUACGGUUCGAUCCAGUAGAAUUAUCUCAGCAGCCUCUUGAAGUGAGAGUUAAUGUGGCAGCGGCUGCAGAGCCGUUGAAUAGACAAAGUAUCAUUUCAUCUGAACCAAUAAGAAUGUCAGAGUCUCUCUUUAAUAACGAUGUUGCUCUGAUUCAAGACAAGCUACAAUUUCUACUUCAGAAUUUCAAUCCAAUAACACAAUUCGGAACGUAUGUGAUGGAAUUGCCAUUUUUUAGUAAUGAAGAACGAGUAAGUUUGACCAAAUCUUUAGCUACGAUUGCUUUACGUGUUGUUCAGAAAAACUCAGCUAUUUUUACCGGAUCAAUAGAUGACCUGAUGUGCUACAUAUGGCAAAAAUAUAUUGUAUCAACAGUUAACCAGCGUCUUACUGACUUGAGCAUAGAUGUGUCCAGUUUUUCUCGAGAAGUAUUGAAUAUUUGCCGAGAUGUAGUAAGGUCAGUACUUGACCAAUUUUAUGAUUCAAUUGAAACUUUCUUAGAGGAGAUAAUUGAAUCAUGGGAAAGAGACUCUGCAUUCACGGGUCACAAUUCACAAACUUGUACAGCCUGUUCAGGUUAUAUUUUGGUUGACCGUUAAUUAGUACAAGAUCAAGCAAUAAGAAGAUUACGAGUGCCUUUUUCUCACCGCUUUUAAUUACUUAGAAAAAUGAAAUAUUUUCUGCACCAAGUGCACAGUGCAGCUGUUACUAUUGAUUCCAUAUUCAAGUGAGUCAGUAAGUCAUAAAAUUAUUUAUGCAACAAA